AUGCUCCUUUUGCAACUGCCUGUUUGCAUGAGCCGUCCUUGCCUGGUCAGUCGUGCAGCGAAAGAAAUUGGCUCAAGCCUCCAGCUGAGCAUGAACCUUUUUAGCAGUUUGUUGGGAAUUCUGCUGCCUCUUCAAGUGGAAGUUCUGGAGGUUGGAAAUCCUCUCGUGUCGUGGGCCUCAGCUGGAAGCAACAGCGAUGCCGAGGAUGACUCCGUGGGCCUUGUCGUGCUCGAUCUCGGCAUUUGCUUCCAGUUCCCGGGUUCAGUUCAUGCCGUUAGAGCACUGUUCGCGGACCGCCAUGAGGACGCGGCUGUACUUGAGGAAUUGUGGCCAGUGUUUCUUCUGUUGGAGCAUGCGGAGGCAGCAGGGGCAACAAUUUGGAAAGUCACUGCCACUUCAGAGGCAAGUCGUGGUUCACCUCACGGGCGGCCGAUGCGACUGAAACUAUCUACGCCUUUGUUGGCGAGACCAGGGCAGUGUUUAGGCUGGUAUAUGCCAGGGUCAAUAGGAGCGAACCGUAUAGGCUUUGCCGACACGGCGUCCUUUGGCCAGCGCCGGACGCACCCAGAUGGCAAGGACAAGAUGCACGUCUCUGCCUUCGCGAAAGCCCCGUACCCACCAAAUCCACUGCGUGAAGGUUCACGUUUGAGUUUCCGCAAUUUCCUGCACAGGCGCUAUGCCUUGAUAGCUGAACAAGAACCGACGCAGAAUAGUUAUUACCAUUAUGUCUUCAGCCAUUUACAUCGCAGAGCUAGGCAGUCGGAUUCGCAUGUUCCAGCUGCACAGGAUUGCUGGGGGUCGGGAAGCGGCCAUAAUACGUGCUGUGUGCCUGCGGGCACUGGCGAUCCGUUUUGCUUCGAUGCUGUUUAUACUUACGAGCUUUGCUGUACGCCCUCAGCUGCUGGAGCGAGUGGCUGGACCCCUACCGAACAUUCUCUGCCGCCAAGCAAGCUGACACAGCUACAGCCGAAUUUGCUUGAUGAGCCACGUGCUCAACCAUCUCCCAGGCCUGCUCUCUCUGUGGAUUUGUUCGUGCGCACUUACCAUGCGAAGAUGCAGGAACUGAUGCAUUUGUUGCAUUCUGUUUCUCUUUUCUGGCCAGCUGACUGGGGAGUAGUUGUUGUUUUGGAUGGUGACAGCCUCGAGGAUGAGCACGCUUGCACUUUGCUCCCGAGAUGGGUCCGAUGCAUUCUGCAGCCACGUCCUUCAUUCUUGGUCGACUUGCAGACUUCCUUCAGGGCUGUAGAUCCGCACGGCCAUUUCGGAGGAGCGCAGCGACAGCAUGGACUCGUUUGGAAGGAGUGGACAGAGUGUUGGGCUGAUAACUAUUCCCGAGCCGAGUUCAUCGCAAUUUGUGAUAGCGACGUCGUUCUUACAACUUUUGGCCUGCCACAGCUCAUGUUCCAGCCAGCCAGGCCCGGAAGCAACCACGCCCGACCUGUCCUUUGGGGGUUUGCCAACCUUGCAGGGUUUCCCUCCACUGUAGCUGCGCUCGGGCUACGUUGGCAGGCCGAGUUCAUGGACAGUUUUCCGUUGGUCAUAAGGAGAGACCAUUUCCAGGCCCUGCGACGUCACAUUGACAGGCUUUACGGAAAAGAGCCAGGGAGGAAUUCAUCCAGGGGCUUUAACAUCGCUUUCGCACGGUUCUUGACCAAUAUGCAAGUACUCUCUGGAGGUGCCGAGUGCCCGUGCUUCCAUUCAAUGAUGGGUUCUCUGCUGUGGGCUCACCACAGGGCCCAAUAUGUGUGGUCUAUCCGGCAUGGACACUUAUCAGGUGUGCCGCUUGAGCACACCUGCCCUCGCUUGCGCGUGGCCCAGCACGUACCAUAUUGGGGCAGGGAACACUGGAUGGACUACGAACGGCUGCCCGAUACGCGUCUAAAGGUUGGAGGGGAUCCGGCGGUCUUGUCCGAAGUUGCUUAUGCUGGUCGGGCCAGCGCACUCAUUCUUUCAGGCCUCUGCGCCGUACAGUGGAUGGAGGUGAAAACUUCCAGGUUCCGAAGUUUUGCGAGUUUUCCGAGGCGGAACUUUACGCAUUUCUGGCGGGGCAGCCGCACCUCCUUGAAGGCCCCGGAUGCAGGGUUGAGAGAGACGCAGAGAGACCUGUGCUCACAUGGCCUUCGUCUGGUAGAAGGGCGAGCUGAGAUCGAAGAAAGGCUGCUGACGAGUAACUUUCCUGCUAGACGUUGGACUUCCAUGGAAGCCUUGCACUGCGGUAGUUUGCAACCAGAGAAGCUUCGAUCAGCAUACCGCGGCCUGAUGCGGACAAUUGUGUUCGCACUCCAAAGUCGAGCUGGGAAAAAUGCGCAUGCCGUACCGAUGUCAGUCGGGGAGGAUAUCGCCGUUCGUGAUGAUCGAAUUUUGUUCCAAGCUUGUCCGCAUGCAAGUUGUGUUGCGGAUUGUUCUGAAGAGGAGACCGUUGUGUUCGGCCGCUUGCACACGUGCUUGUCCGUGCUGAUCAAGAGAUUCGACCCAGCAAAGAAAAACAUCAGUGCCUUGCCCCUGACUCUUCUUUUUGAAUGCAAGGAGCAGAAAGAUAGUGCUAUCUCUAUGCUUGCAUUUCGCGCGUGCAUGCAAAAUGUCGAUGCAAUAUUUCUGGAACUCGACUCGGACAAAGUAGACGUCGUGGCAGAGGCAGAGUCGCCCGUCCUCGUCUUGUUGCGGGUGAUGACGGAGAUGACGAACUGGAAGAAGAUGAUGCUUGGGGUCUUGAACAAGCGGUGCAUCCAGGCCCAGAUAUGGAAAGGCGAUAUCGAUGCUGCCGCUGACGUUCCCCCUCCGCCUGCUCCCGUCGCUGAGGACCCGGGCCAGCGGGCUGUUCGCCGAAACCAGCGAAGAGGUAUACCCUGGGGUCCCUUUAUGUUGUCACCUAUUGUGCCGCAUCAUGGUAGACAAACUGGCUGGGGUGCAAUUUGCAACCUGCGUUGGGAUAGAGGUGAGGGGGCUAGCAGCACCCAGUGCAAAAACGCAGUAUCCUAUGGGACCAUGGAUGAUGCUACUUGCAUUCUGAUACUGAAACGUUGGCUGUGCGCCGGCUUGCACGAUGAUGAGUUUCCCCAAACCAAUCCGCGAACCCAUCACGUGAAGAUGGGGGGUCCGGGUUUGGUGAGUUUCGCGGAGGGCAAGAACGAGGAGGAAAUGGAUAUCGAGGUCGCAGCCUACCUCAGUUAA